AUGGCGUCCGUUACCUCGGCCAAGGCCGGCAGCAACAAAUCCACCGGCAAUCCGAACCCAACAUCGGCCCAGUAUGCAGCACAGCGUGGCUCGAUUGACAUGCUGAUGCGCGCCAAAGACACAAGGCCGCCGACGAGCGCAGCUACCGCCAUUGUCCGUGGCGAGGCAUCGACAACAAGUUCUUUGGCGCCGCCCAAGAGGAGCUUUCUCGAGGCUGUGCGUGCCCAGCGACAAGUCCGCGUGCAAGAACUUCGCAAUGCGCCGAAGCCCAGCGGGUCUGUCGGAGGAACAGUGGCGGCGGCGUCCACGGCGACAGCCGAUCCGUCCAAUUUCCACAAGGUCAGUGGUGGUGGCAGUUUCUCGGCGCUUGCAACAACCAAAGCCAAGGCCAAGGCCAAGGCAAAGGCAAAGCCACAGGCGCAAAUCAACACGGACUGGGUAGCAGCAUUGGCCUCGCCAUCCUCCAUCACAGGCACCAACACGGCCGGGGCAGUAUCCGUAGCGACGACGACAUCGACAUCAACGGGCCCAUCAUUUUCACAGGUUCAGGACGAACUCGAGGCCGGCUUCCAGAAAUACAGCCGAGCCAAUCCACUUGGCGGCGUGGGCACGGCCCGCGGUGGGAGCGAUUCCGAAGGUGGUGUGCAGAACCCGAGUCAGGGUCAACAGAGCCAAGGCCAAAGCCAGAGAACCGAUGUGCCCAUGACGGCAACAGCACGAAAUCUCAAGGCGCGGCAGCUCAUGGUUGCGCCGCAGUCUGCCUCGCGACGGGAGGAUGAGAGAAUCGCCGCGACCAAGAAAAAGCACUACAACAACGGCGGCGACGAUAGCAGCGACGAGGACGUUGGGCGGAGUGCACUGGGACGCAAGAAGGCACGCAAGGGUUGA